AAUAUAUAUAUUAUAAAAGAUUGUUUUUGAAGAAAAAUGUCGAUACGUUAUACACACGCAGUUUUAUGUCGAAUUCCGUUAUCUUUACGAAAUUGUGGUGAAGUACAACUUGAAGAAGCAAAAAAACAGCAUCAGGCUCUUGCUGAGCUAUUACGAGAAUUAGGUAUUGAUGUUAUUGAAAUGCCUCCUGAUGAAAAUUCGCCUCUAUGCGUAUUCGUAGAAGAUAUAGCUAUCGUCUGUAAUGGUAUUGCCCUUAUUGCACAACCUAAUGAACCAUCUCGUCAUAAGGAAAUUGAAAUAAUACAAACAGUGCUUAAAAAAGAAUUAGAGAUUCCACUUAUAGAAAUAUCUGAUAAAAAUGCGUGUUUAGAUGGUGGUGAUGUUUUAUUUACAGGGAGAGAAUUUUUUAUUGGAUUAUCUCGGUUUACAAAUGAAGCUGGAGCAAGAGCAGUUGCUGCAGCAUUUCCAGAAUAUCCCUGUGUACCUAUUAAAGUAGCAGAAUCUAAACGUUUGAAAGCUUUAGUAACAAUGGCAGGAUCUGAAGUUAUUUGUGUUGGAGCAGGCAAAGAAUCACAAGAAGUGCUUAAGCGAAUUGAAAGGGAAGCAACAUACAACUAUCAAACCUUAACAGUUCCUGAAGAUGAAGCUGCUAAUGUUCUAUACAUAAAUGGAACAUUAAUUCAUAGAAUAUGUGAUGAGAUACCACUAUCAAGUAAAGUUUUUGCAGAAAAAGUAGAAUUUCCAAUAAAAGUAUUAUCUAUCUCUGAACUAGCAAAACUAAGUUCAGGUUUAUCGUCGUGUUGCUUAUUAGUGCAUAGACCAAGGCACAUUAGAAACAUUUAAAUAUUCAAAAAUAAAAAAAAUAUAACGUCUAUAAAAGUAUUUUG